CUGCCGCCUCGCACUGAGAUGCCGAUCAAGCCGACAACAGACGCGCCGACCGAUAUGGCGCCGUACGUGGUUGUGAUCCCGUCGCCCAACGCCGUCGGCGUGCACGCGAUGACGGCCCUCACGACAGGCCACUGGUCCACUGGCAUCUGCGAUUGCUACAAAAGCCUCAUUCCGAACGCGUGCAUGGCCUGGUGGUGCCCGUGCGUGAGCUUGGCGCAGACGACAACCCGCAUCGGUCUCUCGUCCUCAUACCGCGCGACGGUGCUUGUGUUUGCGGUUUUGUAUCUCCUUGCGACGGGCCCGAUCUUCCUGCCUGUGUACUGGGACCGCUGGUCGCACUGGGACAAUGGCUGCCUCAUCUUUAGCCUCAUUGUUGUGCUCGUGCUCAUGAUCCUCCGCGGCCGCGUGCGCAUCAUGCUCCGUAUCCCGGGCAACGUCUUGGAGGACUGUUGCUGCGCCAUCUUUUGCCACUGCUGUACGCUUGCCCAGCUGGCGACACAGGUCGAUGCGUACGACGCCAACACGUGCCAUUUCAGCGCCAAAGAUACCCUGCCCGCCUUUGCGCUCGCAUAGUCGUGCCAUUAUUUAAACCUCCAACUAAUUUGUACACUUUACUGUCAAUA